AUGAUCGGGACAUAUUUUGGAGCGCUCAUUAUAAGAACAAAUGCCAAGUUUAUUUAUAAUGAACCGGUUAGAUUUAUGGGCAGUUUAAACAAGGUUCUAUAUCCUUGGAUGAAUAGGAAAAAACCAUUCUGGAUUACUCAACAGACGAAUCCUCUUAUAGAUGAUGAUAUUACACCUGAAAAUAAAUUGUUCUUAGAACAAGAACGCAUGAAUAUAUUAACUAACAAUAAAAGUCCAGUUAUUGCUGAACAAUGGACCCAAGUACCAUGGACACCUUAUGUAACGCAACGAUGUGGUCUUAUUGCAGUCAAAUUAGGAAUGUAUCCUUUAUGGUCUAAAACUGGUCGAAAAGUGGACUGUACAAUUUUCCAGGUACCUGACAAUCAUGCUAUUCGUUAUACUCCUCCAGCAGAAAUUGAUAAGUUUAUCAGCCUUCAACAUCCACGUCAUUAUUGGUUAAAUAAUAAGCAUCCACCAUCGUGGAUAACACAAAAACGUUGGGGUAUUCAGUUGGUUGGAGCUUUUUCUGCUGAUCCUAUUGAAUUCACUCCUGAAUGGUGUGAUAUAUUUAAAAAAGCCGGAGUACCGCCUAAGCGUAAACUUUCACGUUUCUUGGUUAGUCCAGAUGCUGCGUUAAAACCUGGAACACCUUUAAGUGUGCAUCAUUUUCGUGUUGGUGAUUACUUGGACGUAACUGCGAGAACCAUUAAUCGUGGUUUUCAAGGUGUCAUUGAACGUUGGGGAAUGAAGGGUGGUUGUGCUGGUCAUAGUUCAACAAAAUUUCAUCGAAGAAUGGGAAGUGCUGCAGGAAGCGGAGGACCAAUUGACAGAGGUAAACGUAUGGCUGGUGUUAUGGGUAAUCGAUUUAGGAAUGUACGUGGUUUAUUGAUAUUGAGAAUGAAUCCAAAACUUGGACUUAUAUAUGUAUUAGGUCCAACACCUGGUCCUGUACAUGCUUAUUGUCUUCUGCAUGAUUCAUGGUUGGUUAAUCAUCGACGUCAAUUAGAUGUUAAUCCACCACCAGUGCCAACAUAUCUACCUUCUAUUGGAGAUAAGAAUAAUUCAAGUACAUUGGAUCCAAGUAUUUAUCUUGAUAGUGAUGAUGAUUUUGAGCAAGAUAUUUAUCAUGAAUCAAUACAUCCAAGUUAUAGUCCAUCUAUCACAUAUUCAGUGGAGUCAACUGCAUGA